UCUAGACGACGGUCCGCCAGACUCACCGUUCGCGUAUGUUUGUACGUCUGAGCGACCGAUAUCGGCCUUCUCUCAUCUUUAUUUAGUCUCCGGUCUUCCUAAGUUGUGGUGUGUCAAAAGUGCGGUUUUCAACGAGUUUUCUAUCGGUGUUUUAAAAUUAGUGCUUUACGAAAAAUGCCCAUUUCCGGGUCAAAACACUACCGAAGAGAUGACUCUCUGGAUGGGACGCGAGACGACGAACGUAUCGAGUUGAUAAAAAAGUGCGACUCGUUUAACAGUAUUUUGGCCAAAGUUGGCGACUUCGGAAAGUACCAAUGGCUGUUAUUGUUGGCCUUACUACCGUACGGCAUCGCUUACUCUGCCUUAUACUUCGCUCAAAUAUUUUUGACGCUUGUACCGAACGAGCAUUGGUGCAAAGUAGAGGAAUUACAAAAUUUCACAACGGAGCAAAGGAUAAAGAUGGCGAUACCCAAGAGUCCGGAUUAUCCCGGGUACGACGUUUGUCAGCAAAAGAAGUUGAAUUAUCGUCAGCUGCUCGAAGGACACUUUGGUCCAGACUCGGAUAUCUGGAACACGGACGAGACAACACCUUGUACGAGCUGGGAGUACAACUUUACCCAAAUUCCCUAUGCCAGCUUGGCCGUGGAGUUGGAUUGGGUAUGCGACAGAGCGUAUCUGAUCUCCAGCGCUCAGUCCAUCUUCUUCUGCGGUUCAAUCGUCGGCUCCUUUAUUUUCGGGUGGAUCGCUGAUCAAAAGGGACGCGUGCCUGCGCUGAUCCUUUGCAAUGGAAUUUGUUUUUUCGCCUCUAUUGCCACGGCACACACGAACUCCUUCUCAACGUUUGCACUCUGCAGAUUUUUGACCGGUAUGGCCUUCCCCAGUUGCGUCAACAUCCCAAUGAUUCUUGUUAUGGAAUACGUCGCGGUCAAUAGGCGCACGUUGGUCGUCAAUUUGAACUUUGGAGUAUAUUUCGCCGUUGGUAGCACAGCUUUACCAUGGAUAGCCUAUUACAUGUCCGACUGGAGAUUAUUCACCUAUGCAACUGCAUUCCCACUUCUCAGCUGUGUCCUUACGCCUUGGAUCCUACCGGAGAGCGCAAGGUGGUACAUGUCCAAGGGAAAGACCAACGAGGUGGUUGGGAUUCUUAAGCGAGUCGGGGAAGUCAAUAAGAAAGUACAAGAUCCCAAAGUCUACGAAAACUUUGCUGAAAGCAGCCGCCUCGCGACAGUACAAACCGAGUCGGCUACAUUGAUCGACUUAUUCAAAACGCCGAGACUCGCCAAAAUGAUUGUUUUGUUGAUAAUAUUCUGGACUUUAGUUAUCCUAGCGUUCGAUGGCCACGUUUAUUCACUGAAACUUCUCCACGGUUCGGUCUUCGUUUCAUUCUCGUUGGCGAGUGCAACAGAGUUACCGGCUGCAAUUCUGUUGACGUUGAUACUUGACCGCUGGGGAAGAAGAUUUUGUGGAUUCAGCACGAUGAUUGUCACAGGAGUCUUAAGUUUCACGAAAUUAUUUCUAUCGGAAUCAGGCUAUGCAGCGUUGGUUGUCGCCGUCCUUGCAAGAUUUAGUUUAAACAUGGCCGCCAACGUUGGCUUACAGCACACCGCUGAAUUAUUACCAACCCCUGUACGAGCUCAAGGUGUUUCGUUGAUCCACAUUUUCGGCAUAAUUGCACAUUCCGUGGCUCCGUACAUAGUGGACUUGGCCACAUUUUGGACGGGAUUACCUAUGCUGUCGCUUGGGAUCAUUUCGAUCAUCGCGGCUAUAAUAAUUCUCUACUUGCCCGAGACAGUUGGCCAACAAUUAUCCCAGACAUUGGAAGAGGGCGAGAAUUUUGGAAAGGACCAAAAAUUUUGGAUAUUACCAGUGAGCAAUCAGGUUUACGGGUCAACCGAAAACGUCUGCAAUUGAUCAUAUAUAUUCGAUUGAGUCGUCCGACGCAAUUGCAAAGGACAAACCGAUCAACGUGAUAACAUAGAUAAUAUAUCUAUGGUGAUAAUGUAUUCAACGAUCUUAUUGUUAGAACAAAUCUUCAAUACACUUUCAAUACUCAGGCUAUUUUCAAUUA